AUGUCUGAAACAAGCUCGUUGCUCCCCGGGGAGUCUGAUGGAGUCGGACGUCGGCCACUGCGAGACCGAAUCGUUGAUGCAUUUCGUUCCACACCUCAAACCGGCCCUGGAGUUUCGACAAACAACAGCCAUGAACAUUCCACCACCCAGCAUGAACAAGCUGGCACUGAAGAAAUAGGCGAACCAGACGUGAGAACUCGGCUUCUGGAAUCGUACAACCAGGUUGGCCCUGCGUGUGGGGAAAGGCGAUGCAGCCAUGGCACAUUCUCUCCACAGGUAGAAGUUGCGGGAAAUUCGUCAUACAAUGAGGGCUCCGGCGGUAGAUUUGGAUAUAGUGGACAUGAUGUGGCGGACGGUGCGGCUGGUCGCCCGAGGGGAAUCGUAGACCAUCCAGAGUCUAGCGCAGAUUCAGAGACCCCAUCACAGAUGAAGUCUUCUUCCACAUUUCCAAUAGACGGCACAAGAAAACAGUACGGAGUAUCCUAUUCUCCAACCUGCGAGCAUUCCGUAGCCCGUCCCAUACCCGUCGGUGGCAGGUACAUAUCAUAUUACGUUCCUCUUUUCAAUUGGGUUGGACAAUACCAGUGGUCAUUUCUUCGUGGAGACCUCAUGGCCGCCUUGACCGUGGCGUCCAUCUAUAUUCCGAUGGCCCUUUCUCUAGCCUCCAACCUUGCCCAUGCGCCCCCCAUCAGCGGCCUCUAUUCGUUCGUGAUCCACCCCAUGGUCUAUGCGAUCCUGGGGAGCUGCCCUCUCCUGGUAGUCGGACCAGAGGCUGCGGGAUCCCUCUUGACGGGAGCCAUCGUCAAAGCAAGUGUCAUUCAAGGGAAUUCGGGUGAGGACGAUGCUACUGAAACCGCUCUUAUUGUGGGAGUAGCUACUGCAAUGUCGGGCGGUAUGAUCCUGAUUGCUGGAUUGACUCGCCUAGGAUUUUUGGACAAUGUGCUCAGUCGACCAUUCUUGAGAGGAUUCAUUACUGCCAUUGGCUUCGUGAUUUUUGUGGACCAGCUCAUCCCAGAACUGGGCCUUGCCGAGGUGGCCAAAGAAGCCGGUGUUAGCCAUGGCACCAGCGUUGAAAAACUGGUGUUUAUCGUCCGAAAUGCUCAAAAGUCCCAUGGAAUCACUGCUAUCGUUUCGAUUAUCAGUUUUACGGUCAUCAUGGUGUUCAGAACGUUGAAAAAGAUGCUCGUGCCGCGUAUCCCUCAAGUGAUCUUCUUCCCCGAUCGCUUCCUGGUUGUUGCUUUGUCGGCGGUGUUGGCUUGGCACUUUGACUGGGAGUCCAAAGGACUUGAAAUCCUUGGACCCACGGAGGUUGCAGCCGGAGGACUGUUCUCCUUCACUUGGCCCUUCCAGUUGGCUUAUAUGAAACACGUGCGCACAGCAUUGAGCAAAGCGUUUAUCAUCGCGCUCCUUGGCUUCUUCGAGUCAUCCGUUGCAGCCAAAGGGCUGGGCGAAGGCAAUUCCAGUGGAAUCAAAGGGAUGCAUAUGAGUGCCAAUCGCGAGAUGGUUGCCUUGGGUGUUGCUAAUGUCAUCGGAGGCUGUUUCUCUGCUCUUCCUGCGUUUGGCGGAUACGGACGAAGCAAGCUCAGCUCCCAAACAGGAGCACGCUCACCCAUGACUAGUGUCUUUAUCAGUAUCAUCACCUUCACCUGUGUGAUGGUGUUGUUACCCUAUCUCUACUACCUUCCGAAAGCAGUUUUGUGCUCUAUGAUCUCUGUCGUAGCCUUCACCUUAGUCGAAGAAUGCCCGCACGACCUGCUAUUCUUCUUCCGCCUGCGUGGCUGGACUGAGCUCGUGCUGAUGCUUCUAAUUUUCACGGCAACGAUCUUCUAUUCCCUCGAAUUAGGCAUGGCAAUGGGCAUCGGUCUGUCAGUGAUUAUUUUAAUCCGACAUGCCACCUCACCUCGCAUCCAGAUUUUGGGCAAGGUCCUUGGAACAGAAGCGCGCUUCGACAACGCCGAGCAUCACCCGGAAAACGUGGAGCUAGUUGAGGGCGCUCUGAUCGUCAAGAUCCCUGAACCUCUCACAUUCGCCAAUACUGGUGAUCUCAAGAACCGUCUACGACGCCUGGAACUAUACGGCUCCAGCCAUGCCCACCCUUCUCUGCCACGCAUGCGUGCUCCAGAGCAUAACAAGAAUAUUAUUUUUGAUAUCCACGGCGUCACGAGUAUCGAUGGGUCUGGUACCCAGGUUCUCUCGGAGAUUGUGGAGGCGUACGCGAAGCAACACGUCAGAGUGUUUUUCUGCCGCUUGCCGAACAGGGAUGUCUUGCGCAUGUUUGAACGGAGUGGGAUUGUCGAGCAGUGUGGUGGAUUGACUCAUUUCGUGCCUAGCGUUGAUGAUGCGCUACGAUUGGCUGAAUCUGAGAAUCAGACGUCGGAGAUCUAG